AAUUCUUUCUUCUUUCUGCACAUCGACUCAUUUUUAUACAUGGGGAAUAUGAGCGCGGCGAAGAAAUGGGAAAGAACAGCAACGUGGGGGGCAUUAAAUAAAAAUUUGAAGCGGUUAAGAAGCAAUAUGAGUACGCUAAUGUAAUCCUGGAAGUGUUAUCCGUGUGAGGGAGGAGAAAACGUGUUUAGUCGUGUCGGGUUUUUGGUGUUAUUUGGCGUUGAGAGAGGCAAGGCGCCUCCCUGUAGCUGUUUUUUUUUCGGUUUGGCUUCAGCUGCAGUGACCGAGCUGCACUGAAAUGGCCCAAAGCAAAGCAGCGGCCACACACCGCUCAUUAUUCACACUCGUCUAUGCAAGCGAAAAUGUUAAGUUCACAAAUAACAAAUAAUCUCGGAACCGUUUCUCUGACGGACCGCCGACUGUAGCCAUAAAACGUCCAAGUGCCGAAAAACUAGGGUGCGAGUUUGUGCGUGAUAUUAGAAAAAGUUUUUAAAAAAAAAGUGCAGGUCACAUGGAGCGAGCAGGAAGCAUUCAGCUGGACAUCCCUGACUUCAGCAACUCUGUCCUGUCCCACCUGAACCAGUUGCGCAUGCAGGGCCGGCUAUGUGACAUCGUCGUGAACGUGCAGGGCCAGAGCUUCCGUGCCCAUAAGGUGGUCCUAGCUGCCAGUUCACCCUAUUUCCGGGACCACAUGGCGCUGAGUGAGAUGAGCACCGUGUCCCUGUCAGUGAUCCGCAACCCGUCCGUGUUUGAGCAGCUCCUCUCCUUCUGUUACACGGGCCGCUUGUGCUUGCAGCUAGCCGACAUCAUCAGCUACCUGACGGCCGCCAGCUUCCUGCAGAUGCAGCACAUCAUUGACCGCUGCACGCAAAUUUUGGAGGGCAUCCACUUCAAGAUCAGCCUGGCUGACGUGGAGGAGGAGCUGCGUGGCCGCCGGAGCACUGGGCGAACCAUUGAGGCUGAGAGGGGUGGCUCGCGCUCACUCAGCCCCAGGCAUGGUGGUACAAGAGUUCUGGCUACCCAUGGAGUUGCUUCCGGGGUCAUGGAAGUGAGUGAGAUCAGGGAGGUCAGUCCACCCGGGGAAUCCAUGAGCCCGCAGAUUGUCGAGCACAGUGGGCUCGGGCCUGAAGCUGUGAGUGCCGUGAAUGAGCCCAUACUGCGCAUUAACCGGGCGGGGCAAUGGUACGUUGAGGCCGGGCCUGACAUGGAGAGGAGCAGGGAUGAGACCAUGCAUGUUGUGGAAGGCUUGCGCAUCAAGACCGAACGCAUGGAGGAGUGGAUGGGGGCAGAGACUCAAGCCUCAGCCGAGGAAGGGAGUGGGACGGAGGAGGGACCUACUGUGAUGAUUGACACCUCAGGACGCAGCACGCUGGUGCAGGAGGGCUUCGUUACUGGCGCAUCCAGAGCCAAAAGCUCUCAGCCUUCCAGCAGCUUCAGCGAGUCUGAGAGGUUUAGCCCAACAGGCAGCGUGGUGGUGAUGGCUGAAAGGCCGAGGGCCAAAAGCGAGUCUCCAGGAAGAGUGGACGAUCAGAGGCAUCCUAGCUCUCAGGGAGAGGAAGCAGCUGUGUAUGAUGUAGGAGGGUAUGAGGAGUAUCUGCGUGAGCAGGUGGGUGAUCGCUGGUUCCGCUAUAACCCACGCCUCACCUGUAUCUACUGCUGCAAGUCCUUUAAUCAGAAGGGCAGCCUUGAUCGUCACAUGCGGCUGCACAUGGGCAUCACACCGUUCGUUUGCCGCAUGUGUGGAAAGAAGUACACGCGCAAGGACCAGCUGGAGUACCACAUCCGCAAGCACACUGGAAACAAGCCCUUCCACUGCCACGUCUGUGGCAAGAGCUUCCCCUUCCAGGCUAUCCUCAACCAGCAUUUCCGGAAGAACCACCCAGGCUGCACACCACAUGAGGGUUCGCAUAGCGCCUCACCUGAAACCACCACCAACAACAACAAUAACGUCAACAACGCAAACGCCAAUGCUGCCACACCACGACGCACUCAGCAUGAUGAUGACGAUGAGUCUGAGGGAACCGGCGCAGGAGCCAGAGGGGGAGCUUCAUCUUUUGGGGAGGGGAUACAACCGUCGGUCUCCACCACUGGGCCUGAUUGAAGGGAUUGGGUUUAAUACAAUGCAUGGAGGUUGAGGAGAUAAAAAAAAAAUUGGGGCUUUGAGAAAAAGAAGAAAACAAAAAAAAUAAAUUUUAUAGAAGCCAAUCAACAAUAGGCAUGUGCAGGAGCUGAUGGAGCACGGUAUAUCCAGCUGCUUGAAAAGCUGCUGUCACUCUGAUGUUAAAAAAAUAGAGGGAGGAUGAGUUGGUGGGUAUUUUAUCUUCGUUUCUUAGACAUUCUUUCAACUGUAAGUAAACAAAGGUGAGACAACAAAACAAAUGCUAAGACUGUUUGCUAUAAAACUAAACUAGAGUAGUAGUGAUUAGGUAUUUAUAAAUAAAUAAAUAACAUGCGCUUUAAACCGCAUCUACCUUCAGUUGCACAAACUGAACCGUUACUUCAACAAAUGAAGACAAGCCACACUCCAACAACCUCACACACCACUGGAUGCAGUUAUUUCUGUUUUUUCUUUUUUCUCUCUCUUUUAUUUUAGUUUGACUUUCCUGUCUUUUUUAUGUGUUACCGGUGUUUGGUUUUUUUUUGUUGUUUUUUUAUAUAUUUUUUUUGUACAAGUUAUCAAAAGCUUCAGAAUUCAGGACAAAGAGAUGAUGUGUUAUGAUUUGGUCAAAUUGUGUUAAAAAAUAAUUGCCAAACUUCUCUGUGCCAGAUGGUGAUUAUAAAAUAGAGGAUGUUUCAGUCCUCAAUUACUUUUGCCUUGAGACAAUCUUAACAUAUUGGGGUUCGACGCUGCUGCUCCCCAGCUAUAGCUAGGCUAGAAAAACGGGUUCUGUUUUUCUUCGUUAGGGCCCCUCAGGUCUGAUCUAAUGCUCUAAUGCCAGAUUCCUAAUUUGUGUGGUUUGUUUCUAAGUGCCAACCUGGCUUUGUCAUAAAUUCUUCUGUUUGCAGUUAUUUGAUAGGCCUAGAAAAAAGCUUAGCUGAUGGACUUUUAAUUAGUUGUUGCAUUACACAAUUUAGCAUGUUCUUAAAACAGUGAUAAGACUGAUAUUGGAAUGUGGGGGAGAAAUAGCAAAUGAUGUUAUUUGAUUUAAUUGUUUCAUUCCCAUACUCCAAAUCUAGCUGCUGAAUAUAAUUAAUACAGUACUAUAGAAAACAGGAAAGUGUUCAACCUCAGAUAAGCUACAGUACCACUCAGUUACCUCUCCCUCAUCACUACGCAAUACAGAUCUGUGACACACAGAUUGGUGGAUGCACUCAACUCAGUUUCACAUUUAAAGGUUUCUUUCUCCAUGUUUCUAUAUUUUACUUUUUUUGUGUGUGUGUGUAAUAAGUGAACAAUAAGAGAUUUGUCAUUUGUAGAUUUUUUUCAGUGUCACUCUGACAGUGAUGGAGCAUGUUAGAGUUGGUGGGAAGCGAUUUGUUUUGUAGGUAAAGAACAUUUUUAUUGCAAACGUCCAAGAAAAGGAGUCGGGAAUGGAACCAAAUCCAGGACAUGUGUACAUCUGUUAACAGGAAAUCUUUUUGAAAUGCCACGGAAUGACUGUGAGAUUAGGAUUUUAUCGGAGGAGAGCACUUUAAAUGUGGAGUCAAAUUUUAGGGUUUUUUUUUUGUUUGUUUGUUUGUUUGUUUGUUUUUUGUUUGUUCUUUGAGCAGAUGUUGCCAGCUGGUGCUAUGAUUCGACUUCAAGUGACAGAAGCUCUCGGGAACCAAAGGAACAGAAACGUAUCGUAGAUGUUAUACCUCUGACACUCACUGCAAGACCGAGGAAUCUAUUAUUAAAAAAAAAAAAACCGGGGAGAGAGAUUACAUCCGGCACUAAAAGAUAGGAUUGUUUAAGGGGGGAUUUUUUCCCCCUUCUUUUAAAAUAUCUAAUUAUAUAUCACUUAUGCAUAUAGAGACAACUUUUUGUAUGUGUAAAAAUAAGAAAGGAAAGAAAAGCUUUGGUAAAGUGAAAGGCCGUUCGUUGGAUGGAUGGUGUGGAUUUUUUUUUCUUUAAGGCUGUGAAUCACACGUGAUUGUGACCAUACUUUUUGUCCCCUUCCCUGAUGACUGGGAAAAGCCUAGAAGAGAAAACAGCUACUGAUUAUUUUCAAUGGAAUGCACCUCUUAUCCUCUUAAAAACCGUUCAGGACUCCUCAAGACUUUUCUACCGUUUUCUGUCGCUUCCAUGAAUACAGGUCAGCACCUCUUUAGAACAAUAUCAGGAACUCUAUCCAGGUUUUUUUUUUUUUUUUUGGAUGUUUACUCUUCUUUCCACACUAAAAGCCGUUUAUUUAGACAUCCUCGGACCUCGCUUUACCUUCAGCUUCACAAGUGCAGCAGAAAAGCACGUCGACAGCGGCGAUGACGACGUACGAACAUCUCUGUAGUUAAGGCCUCAGAAGCAGUAGCAACACGAAAACGUUACGAAACUGUGUGAACAUGUGGCAUCGGUGUGCAUCAGUCAGGUUAAUGAACACGCCGAUGUUGCGGGUCUCUUUACUCCAGCGCAACCUCAUGAGAACAGCCGAUGUAGAUUACAACUUUAUAUAUUCAUAACCUCAUAAUCAUAACCUAGUGUGACACGAUAUAAGCAGGAUUUCUUAUUUUUUUUCUCUCUCCAUAUUUUAAGAUUGUUUUAUGUUAGCCAGUCGCAUAAUGGCAGGGUGGUGUUUAUAGUGACAGUGAUGGGAAUGUCUCAGAAUCAGAUGUGUGCUUAUGUUUGUUUCUGUUAAUUGCAAUGCAAAGGAUUUGUGUGUAUGAUCGAUCAUUCCAAGUUGCAGAAUGUUAUCAGAAGUGUAAAAUGUUAGGGCUAAUACAAUUGUGCAGUAUCUGUCCGGGUCAAAAAAACAAACAAACAACAACCUCACUUCAGUCCAUCGACAUAUUUUUUUCUAGAUUACUUUUUUUUUAAGAAACCAAGCUCUUCUAGGUUUAGUGACUUAUUUUUCUCUGACCUUCUCCUUUUCAUUUUUAUUUUGUGCUUUCGAAGUUCAUCAUAUAGGAGAAACACAUGAUCACGAUGUAAAUACUAGUGCUAUUUAAAAUUUCUAAUAAUCAGCACAGCUACUGCAGAUAGAUGGCAUUGACUGAACAAAUGUUCUGUGUUAAACGCACACGACACAGUGUUACACAUUUCACGUCAGAUUGUACAGGACAAUUGAGCCGCUGCAAGAAAUUUCAGCGCACUUUCCAACCAGCGUCCGUCUGUAGACCGCAUUUAUACCUGGAGCGUAUCCCGAUAAGGGUUUAUCCGCAUGCAUUUGUAUGGCGGUCUAGGUCGCGGGCUUCGCUUGGUGGAAUUUUGUUUAAAAUGUUGCGCUUUUGCGUGUAGGUCAGCCAGUAGUGAUGGUAUCGCAGUUUUAAAUCCUCCAAAAGUAAAAAGGGAGAAAAUCACUUUUAAAUAUUUCAUUCCGCAGGAGCAGCGCAGACUUUUUGACCCCCAGUAUCUGAUCACAAACUGUUUAGGCUUGUAUCAGGUUUACUAUGACACGGUGUUAUUGAACAACUUGCUCAAAGCGGUACAUUGAAUAUGUGACGAAAUGACACUUGGCUAGCGAGGUUUUAGACAUCUUUAGGCAGACUGACUGUGCACACGACAGCUACCGAUAAGGAAGGGUGAAGGCUGGAAUGUGCAUCAUUCAAGACCCAUUAUAUGAAAAUCUAAACUUCUAGCUUUCACUAGAGAGUCUGCUCAGUAAUUGAGAACAACAAUUCUUGCGCUCACAUCUUGUUUACUCGCUAAUGACUGUGAUUACAUUUUGCUCUGAAAACCUCAUUUGCCUGUAUUUACAAAAUAUAUAUAUAUUUUUCCACCGAAAGCAAGCUUGUGCAAAUACACUGAAAUAUGAAGAGCCAGUCAGAUUACACAUUCAAGAUUCUGAGGCUUGUGGCUAGAAAAGAUGCGUGGAUUUGAAAAUAUGCAUUCGAGUCUGAGACUAAUGUUCCAAAAAAAGAUGUGUUGAUGCUAUAUCAUGCAGAAAAUAUGGUGAAAACACCACAGUAUGAAAGUAGUCGAUUUCUUCAAGAAGUUUCUCGUUAUAUGACGGCAUGAUCUGUGGAAAUUUGUGAUCCUAUACGUUGUUUGUGUGUUCAUUGUUCCACGCUGUUGAUUUUGGAAAAUGCGGCGAAAUGUUUUGCAGCUCCUCGUUCAGCAGCUCCACUUACCUCAGAUUCUCAAUUUUCUAACAGUAAGCUUGUGAAGUUUCAGUUGCAUGUCUCUACUACGUAUUCAUUUCAUUAAAAAAAAACAAACAAAAAAAAAACCAACAACCUGGGAACACUGAACGACAGUGCUGAGCCAUAUCGGACAGAUUUGUUCAGUCUUGUCUCGUCCCUCGAGAGUAUUUUGUACAGGGAACAGAGUAGACGAGUCGAAUGCAAAAUUUUUCUAAUGGAACAACAACACUGUUGAUUUGUGAGGUUGCGGCGGAGACGUUUUUCCCUCUCGUUGUUGUUUUUGCAGCCUCACACUCUGUCUUGGGGGGGGGUCGGGGGUUGGGGGGUCGUUUGGGAUGUAAACAGACUCGGUUUGAAAUGUUACUUGUUAAUUUGCAUGUCUUUGUCAUUUGUGAUGGCCAAACAUUAAGUCUGUUUUAUAAGAAUGUUUCCAGUCAUCUAAACCUGUUGCACCAGUAUAUGCCAAAAUAACAUUUUUUUUUCUUUCUCAUUUUGUCUUGCUAUAUUGUUUGUCUCGAAAGCAAUAUAGUCUCUAAAGAUAUUUCUACGUCUGUCUUGAUCAUGUUACUCUUAAGCGUACAUUAAAUAUUUUAUUUUACAUUAACAUGAAUUAAGCAUAUUUUUAAAAUAAGGUAUUUUACUCUGGAUUCUUUAAUUUAAAAUGAUUAGUAGUGUAUUAGACAUCAAUUACACAUAUAUUUAAAUUUUAGACAUUUAUUGUAAUAACCAGAAUAUUGUGGAAACUGAAAGUAAUAUAAUGUAAGAAAAUGAAUUAUUGCAAAUCAGACUUUUGCUUUCCCUUUAGAAAAGGUACAUGUGAUUAUUAGUGAUUUAUAAUGUGAAUGCUUCUUUUCACAACCACUUUCUUUCUUCCUCAAUAGCAGAUUUUAAAUCCAUUCUCCUAAAAGGAUAUAAAGCACUUUAAGUGUUUAACUGUGAAGGAUUUAUAACAAUAUUCUAUAAAAUGCCUGAUUAUACGACGCCCACAUUGUGUGAUCUGAUAAACCCAACAUUUCUAACAUGGAAAAUAAACUUGUUUUAAUCCAA